AUGAAAAGCCAAAAAACCCAAGCGGAACCAACUAAUUUUAAUUACCGAAACCUUAACAUUCCACCCUUGGCACUAGCAAAAUAUUUUUACGGCCAAAAGGUGAAAGACAUAGCCGCUAUUCAGAGGCUAAUUUACCUAGUAUUUUUGAAAAUUCUCCAAGAAAAAAACGGUGGUCCAGUCGUAGAAAGUGCUUUUCAGCCUAUGUCCGAGAGCCAGGAUUAUGCUAAUCUUUUUACAAAUGUCCCAGAAAUAGAAAAUAAAGAAGUUUUAUUGUAUUUAAAGGAAAUUUAUCACACCCGCCGUAACUUGGUGGAUGAAUUUGAUUAUCAAAAAAUAGAAUUAGGUGAUAUUCUCAAAGCAGUCAAAGCCAGCCCGCAUUUUUGUCUUAUCGAAGAUGGCUAUGAUAAAGUGAAAAUAGGAGAAUAUUUGAGAUUAAGCAAAAAGCAAAUUACUAAUUUAAAAAAUGAAGACAAUAUUUACCAAAUACCGCUAGGUGAAGAAGAAAAAUUUCGAGCAAUAGGGAUUUUGAGAACUAGUGGUGAGAAAUAUCUUUUUGAAUUACUGUUUUUAGAUCCUAAUCAUUUAUUUUAUCCUAAUUUAGCGAAAAAAAAUUUACCCCACUGGGAGGAAUUUUUUAAGUUUGAUUUCAAACAAAAUUAUUAUGAUUAUUUACAAGCAUGGGAACAAGAUUAUGGGAAAAUGUUUGCUUAUUUAGAAAAACAAAGAAACGAAAUGGGUGAAGGAUUAAUGUCGUCAUCGUCUACGCAUCGUUUAACUUUAAUUCAUUCAUCCAAAAUCAUUUACCAACAAGUGCAGGAGAUUAAAGAGUUAAAAGCGACCAAAGAAGAAGCAAAGCGUUUCUAUAAUUACCUUUUUGAACUCUAUGAGAAAGCAACCCCAGAAAAUAUAGUAACUCUAACUGAGGAAGCAAAACAGGAAGUAAAAAAACUGGAAGAGGAGGAUUCUGAAUCAGAGGAGACUACUGAUUAUCUUUAUCAAAAGAUAGAUAAAAUUAUGGCUUUUGCCAAGGAAAAAAAUAUCAUCACUCAGAAGUUAGAAUUAGCCGAGCAAAAAAUAACUGACCUCGAACAACAAUUAACUCAAAUUCGUUCUCAACAAUUAUAUCAGCAAAUUAUCGCUCUCCGCACUGAAAAAGGAAAAUUAAAAGAAGAAUUAAAUCACUUAUGGGAACAAUUAAAAAAUAAUCAAGAUAAUCCGGAAUUAGUGCGGCAAAUUAGCGAAAAAGAAACGCAAUCAAACCAAUUAAAAGAACAAUUAAAAAAGGCUAAAAAAGAACAAGAUGAAAAAGAUGCUAAAAAAUUGGCUAAAAAAGAUAAAGAAAUCAAAGAAUUAAAAGAAAAAAUUGCUGAAAUAGCAGGUCAGUUAAAAAUUUUGGAACAAAAAAUGAAGCAAACCCAAGAAGAAUUAACCGCCAAUAAAAAGCAAUUUGAAGAAUUACAAAAGAAAUUUCACACUCUCCAACAAUCAAAUAAUAAUUUAAACCAAAGCAAUCGGGAUUUAAUUGUUAUCCAGGAAGAAUUAAAAAAGCAAAUAGACCAAUUAACCACCGAUAAAUCUGAUAAUUAUCAAAAAUGGCAGGAUUGUUUAAACACUAUUCAGCAAUUAGAGAAAAAUAAUGAGGAGCAAGAUAAUUUGAUAAAGACUC